UUACUUUUGACGCGGUGUGCACACACUGGCCGAUCCAACCAUUAUAAGAAAACCAACAAGAAACGUCGAAAGUUUUCUCCGUGUUAAAGCCAGCCAAUAGCCAAAUUACAAACGAAAACGACGAUUUGCAAUUUGCAAAUUAUGCGUGCGGCACCUAGUGCAAUCGAAACCACGUAAACCCAACGAACGCGAGUGUUUUAGACCACCUGCAACCUGAAACAACCACCAUUGUACAUAAUUUACACGAACAAUUUUGCAACGACAACAACAAAGGACGCCGCGCUGAAAGAGAGAAGUUGACAUAACUGCAAAAAGUAAAUUGUAUUUAACAGUGGUGGGCAACUAAAUAAAGCCCGGAUUGUAAUAUUGGCAACGAAAAAUCGUAGUGGGAGUGGCCCAAUUGCGAAAACGAUGUUGUUUUGUUGAGACAAUUGCCAAAAAGCCACCAAAAGUUCAACUAAAAAAGAUUGAACUUUUCCUCAAGCUAGAUUUCUAAAUACAUUUUAACCACGGAAAAUUGACUAGAAAUUGCCAGCUAGCAAUCAUCACCAGACAACGGCCAUCAAGGAAACUUCACACACGACAGAAACAGAAAAAAGGGUGUUUUGCGACUCUGCCCCCCAAAAAUUAAAGUAUUCCAAGCAAACUCAGUAGGCAAGACCUUAAAUGCUCUAACCAAAAGACAGCGCGAUCCCGACGAACGACAAAGAACGAGGACGACUGAAUCAAAGCAACCACGGUGUGGUCAUUUCUGUACCGGUGUGCCGCUGCAGCUCCUGGUGCCGGCAUGGGUGCCAAUGUGUCGCAGCUGGAGCGGGAGAUUGGCUCCGAUCUGUUCCCACCGAAUGAGCACUACUUCGGUCUGGUGAACUUUGGGAACACCUGCUACAGCAACUCGGUGCUGCAGGCCCUCUACUUUUGCAAGCCAUUCCGCGAGAAGGUCCUUGAGUACAAGGCCAAGAACAAGAGGCCCAAGGAGACGCUGCUGUCGUGUCUGGCGGAUCUGUUCUACAGCAUUGCCACGCAGAAGAAGAAGGUGGGCUCGAUUGCGCCCAAAAAGUUCAUAACCAGGCUGCGAAAGGAGAAGGAGGAGUUCGAUAACUAUAUGCAGCAGGAUGCCCACGAGUUCCUCAACUUUCUGAUCAAUCACAUCAAUGAGAUCAUACUGGCCGAACGGAAUGCAGGGCCCAGCAAUGGGAAUCCCAAGGCCACCAAUCAAGGCGGAAGCACAAGUGCCAUGGCCAGCAGCAUAGCUAGCAAGUCCAGCUCAACGUCCAACUCGAAUUCCAACUCCAAUUCGACAACAAACUCAAAUGGCAACAGUAGCAAUUCGACGGGAUCACUGAAUGCCAACACAAGUGUGCUGGAUGCCAGUGGCAGUCUUACGGCCACCACAACACCUAUAAUCUCAGGAAACGGAACGGGAACCAAUGGGGCCAACUCGGAGCCCACCUGGGUGCACGAGAUCUUUCAGGGCAUACUUACGUCCGAGACCAGGUGCCUCAACUGCGAGACGGUGAGCAGCAAGGACGAGAAUUUCUUCGAUCUCCAGGUGGACGUGGACCAGAACACCUCGAUUACGCACUGCCUGCGGUGCUUCAGCAACACGGAGACCCUGUGCUCGGACAACAAGUUCAAGUGCGACAAUUGCUGCAGUUAUCAGGAGGCGCAGAAGAGGAUGCGUGUAAAGAAGUUGCCCAUGAUCCUGGCCCUGCAUCUCAAGCGCUUCAAGUACAUGGAGCAGUUUAAUAGGCACAUCAAGGUCUCGCAUCGCGUUGUGUUUCCACUGGAACUGAGGCUCUUUAACACCUCCGAUGAUGCAGUGAAUCCUGAUCGUCUCUACGAUCUGACCGCUGUGGUUAUCCACUGCGGUUCCGGACCAAAUCGUGGCCAUUAUAUAUCCAUUGUGAAGAGUCACGGACUGUGGCUACUAUUCGACGAUGAUAUGGUGGACAAAAUCGAGGCUUCCACAAUCGAGGACUUCUAUGGUCUGACCUCGGACAUACACAAGUCUUCGGAGACCGGCUACAUACUGUUCUAUCAGUCGCGGGACUGCGCCUAAUCCUACUACGUUAUCGCCCAUUAUAAGUUAAGCUGAAAGUUUUCAAUCUCCUGUGCAAGAUGAAUGCCCUAAAAAUUGUAUGUCUUUUACUAUCUAACCAAGCAAAAUACCACACAGCUAUCAAUAAAGAUGAUCAUCAAUAAAGC